UGUUGACGCUGAAAUAUCUUCAUCACAUCAGAAAACGUAGUGGUGUUUAGAAGAUUGAAAAUGAUGAUUUAAAACAGAUUUGUUAAGUUUCUAUGACCUGUGGAUAUGAUUUAAUUUGAUAACGAAGCUGACUGUGAUAAACGACAUGCCGGAAACUAAGCAUUUAACAUGUUUAUCGGUUGCCUGACAACGGAGAGAAAAGGAAGAUGGCGGAUGAAGGCAGGCGAGGCGAGGAAGAUGGCGGCCCCGGAGCGGCUCACCAGGUCUUCGUGGUGAUGGAGUCUCUGCUGGAGAAGUUAAAGGUGUUGAACUAUGAGGAGGAGGUCCUGGCCAAACACAACAUGAAGAAUCUGUCCAG